AUGGACGGCCCGUUCAACGCCGCCAUCCUCAUCGUCUCAACCACAGCCGCGCGGGAUCCCUCCGCCGAUGCGUCCGCCACGGUCCUCCGGGAGGUGCUGAUGCAGGACGGCGGCGGCCGGUGGGACGUCGUCGACGAGCGCAUCGUCUCGGACAAUGUCCUGGACAUCCAGAGGAGCAUCAUGCCCUGGACAGACGGGCCGGAUGCCGUCAACCUCAUCGUCACCACCGGCGGCACCGGCUUCUCCGUCGCUGAUGUCACGCCAGAGGCCGUUGCCCCAAUGAUACACAAGACGGCCCCUGGGCUGAUUCACGCUAUGCUAUCUGCCUCUCUUGCGAUAACUCCGUUCGCCAUGAUGUCUCGUCCUACUGCUGGCGUAAGAAACAAGACAGUCAUUGUCACCCUACCGGGCUCGCCCAAAGGGGCCAAGGAAAACCUCCAGGCCAUCAUCAAGACGCUGCCCCAUGCCUGCCUGCAAGCAGCAGGCUCAAACUCGAGAGCUCUGCAUGCCGGCGGCGUCAAGAAGCUGGAGGCAGACGCCGGCAUCGACCGCUCUAGCAGCACAGCCCAUCUAUCCAACGACAUCAGCCUGGGUCCCACGCGGCGCUAUCGAGAAUCCCCCUAUCCCAUGGUAUCCGUAGAUGACGCCCUCGCCUUGAUCGCAGAGCACACGCCAGGCCCGCAGCCAGAAACCGUCAAGGUCGACGAGAACAUUGUCGGGCUGGUGCUGGCCGAGGACGUCCAGGCAAGGGAAAACGUGCCGGCCUUCCGCGCCAGCAUCGUGGACGGCUACGCCGUCGUCGUGCCCAAGGACGGCAAAGUCAGGGGCGUCUUCCCCGUCGCCGGCGUGUCCCAUGCCGCACCCGGAGAGCUGCCGCCUCUCAAGGAGGGCGAAGUCGCCAGGAUCACAACAGGCGCGCCUCUACCGCCGGGCGCCAACGCCGUCAUCAUGGUGGAGGACACGACGCUCAAGACCAUGACGGACGACGGCAAGGAGGAGAAGGAAGUGGAGAUCCAGGCCGAGGGCGUCACGGACGGCGCCAACGUGCGCGAAGUCGGCAGCGACAUUGCGCGGGGCGCCGUGAUCCUCAAGCAGGGCGAGCAGAUCUCGGGCGUCGGCGGCGAGAUCGGGCUCCUGGCGGCGGUCGGCGCGGCAGAGGCCCGCGUGUACCGGCGGCCCGUCAUCGGCAUCCUGUCGACGGGCGACGAGAUCGUCGACCACGACCGGCCCGGCGGGCUCAAGCUGGGCGAGGUGCGCGACACGAACCGCGUCACGCUCAUGUCGGCGGCGCGCGAAUGGGGCUUCCCCGUCGUGGACCUGGGCAUCGCCAGCGACAGGCCCGGCACGCUCGAGGAGACGCUGCGGGCCGGCCUCCGCGACGCCGACGUGCUCGUCACCACGGGCGGCGUGUCCAUGGGCGAGCUGGACCUGCUCAAGCCCACGCUCGAGCGCGCCCUCGGCGGCACCAUCCACUUUGGCCGCGUCGCCAUGAAGCCCGGCAAGCCGACGACGUUCGCCACCGUCCGCGUCAAGGACAACGCCGGCCGGCGCCUGUCCAAGGUCGUCUUCUCGCUGCCCGGCAACCCGGCCUCGGCGCUCGUCACCUUCCACCUCUUCGUCCUGCCGUCGCUGCACAAGCAGGCGGGCGUCUCCCCCGUCGGGCUGCCCAAGGUGCCCGUCACGCUGGCCCACGACUUUGGCCUGGACCCCCGGCCAGAGUUCCAUCGCGUCGUCGCGAGCAUUGGGCAGGACGGGCGCCUGACGGCGAGCAGCACCGGAGGACAGCGCAGCUCCAAAGUGGGCAGCUUGAGGUCGGCCAACGCGCUGCUCUGCUUGCCUGGUGGGAGCGGGAAGCUGGAGAAGGGAUCGAGGGUGGACGCUUUGCUCAUGAGUUCUAUACGCAGUGGAUAG